AUGCCAAAUUACCAGGGCACAACUGCCCGUUUGAGGCGCACAUUUCACUAUCCAGAGGAAGAUUCCACAGACUCGCAGCCUGAAGCUCUGGAUGAACAAGAACAAGAAGACUACAUUGCUCAGCUUGCCAUCGAGAAUGCUGCUAGAGACGUCCAGUUCCGUCGCUUUCUUCUCGCCAUUCCCCUUCUCGCAACCAUCCCCUAUCUUCCCGCCUUAAUAAACCCCCCUACAUCACUUCUCGCCCUCCUCAGCCUAACCUCUCUCUUUUCAACGGCAUAUCUUCUGCACCAUCAACCCCCCACAUCGUCGGGCAUUCCUUUUCUUGACGACUGGGCACGGCCCAAGACUCCACGGCCCACACGCCCACCGUCGCUGUCAACACGUGAAUCUUCAGGUGUGUUUGAUGAUGACGACGACGAUGAGGAUGAAGAAGAUUAUGAGCCUUACGUGCCUCGCGGGAGACCACGACAGCGCAGAAGUUCGUUUAGUUACGUCGAAAGACGAUCCCCUCUCGAAACUUAUCUACCCUACCUGAAUUUGGGCUUGGGGGUUAUUUUGAUUUUAAUGGCUUGGGCGAUAGGCAGAGUAAAAAGUGAAGCCGUAUGGCCCGGAAUGGGAUACUUACCCUUGGUGGUGUAUGGCAUUAUUUUGGUAUCCAAGAUGGUCAUGGGUAGUGUUGAUCCUGAGAAGGAAUUAUCAUCACUCAAGUAUGAUUACAAAGGUGCUUAA